CCCGGACUCACAACAAGGACACGCGGUUAAACCGGAAGUAUGACGGUCAGUGGGUCCUGUUGGUAUUUCCGCCUGUUUCAAACAUGGCAGCGCCCUUUGUCUAAUCGUUUGUUUUUACUGUAUAUGUGAACUGUUUUCCCCUGGAAUGGCAGCCAUGGAUUUUCCACAGCAUAGCAGGCAGGUAUUGGAUCAAUUAAAUCAGCAGCGACAGCUGGGUUUACUGUGUGAUUGCACCUUUGUCGUGGAUGGUAUCGAUUUCAAAGCUCACAAGGCAGUGUUAGCAGCCUGCAGUGAAUAUUUCCGAAUGCUUUUUGUGGACCAAAAGGAUGUAGUACACCUGGAUAUCAGCAAUGCAGCAGGCCUUGGCCAGGUGCUGGAGUACAUGUACACUGCCAAAUUAACUCUGAGUGCAGACAAUGUUGAUGAUGUGCUAGUCGUAGCCGGCUUUCUUCAGAUGCAGGAAAUUGUGAAUGCUUGCAGUACCUUCAAGUCUCUUGCCAUAGUACCUGCUGUGAGUGAUGAAGGGAGUCCUACAAAUGAUGGUGCUGAUGCAAAAGAUGAUGUUUCCCAAACAUGUGGCAAAAGGCAUCAUUUCAAUAACAGAACCAACAGUCUCAAGAAACCCAGAGAUGAUGAUUCUUCAGAGUCGCAGAUGCCAGCUGAAUCCGAAAUGGAAGUGGAUGCUGAUAAGAAGCAGGAUUUGAUGAAAGAGGAAGAGGAGGGUGAUGAAGAUGCAGCACAAGAUGAAGAUGCAGCACAAGAUGAAGGUCUGACACCAUCAGAAGAUGGAGACACAGAAGCUAAUAAUGAGUUUUCAGCUGCAGACUCCGGGCAAGAGAUGAAUGGUGAAGGCAGACAACUUCGAUCUGGAAUAUAUACUGACAGAACUGAAACCAGGUCAUAUGGAUCAAUAAUACACAAGUGUGAUCCCGUUAAAGCCCUAUAUCUGCGGAGAAUGUGGGAAGAGCUACCGACUGAUCAGCUUACUAAAUUUACAUAAGAAACGGCACACAGGUGAGGCCAAAUACAGCUGUGAUGAUUGUGGCAAGCUUUUCACCACGUCAGGCAACCUGAAAAGGCAUCAACUGGUUCAUAGCGGAGAGAAGCCUUACCAGUGUGACUAUUGUGGUCGCUCCUUCUCUGAUCCCACUGCCAAGAUGCGGCAUUUAGAAACACAUGACACAGACAAGGAGCACAAAUGUCCUCACUGUGACAAAAAAUUCAACCAGGUGGGAAACCUAAAGGCUCAUCUAAAAAUUCACAUCACAGAUGGACCUCUAAAAUGUAGAGAGUGUGGAAAGCAGUUCACCACUUCAGGCAAUCUGAAAAGACAUCUUCGAAUACAUAGUGGAGAGAAACCUUAUAUAUGUGUCCAUUGCCAGCGUCCUUUUGCAGAUCCUGGAGCAUUACAGCGGCAUAUUCGCAUUCACACAGGUGAAAAACCAUGUGUCUGUAUAAUUUGUGGGAAGGGCUUUACUCAAGCAAGCUCACUGAUAGCACAUGUGCGACAACAUACUGGAGAAAAACCUUAUGUUUGUGACCGCUGUGGAAAGAGGUUUGUUCAAUCUAGCCAGCUAGCAAAUCACAUUAGGCACCACGAUAACAUCCGCCCACACAAGUGUAAUGUUUGCAACAAAGCUUUUGUGAAUGUGGGAGACCUCUCCAAACAUAUUAUUAUACACACAGGUGAAAAGCCAUACCUCUGUGAUUCUUGUGGACGUGGUUUCAAUCGAGUAGACAAUCUUCGUUCUCAUGUGAAAACAGUACACCAGGGGCAGGCAGGUAUGAAACGACUGUUGAGAAAAGGGGAAGAUCCAGAUGAUGACGAGGAAGAUGAGGAAGAGGAAUUAAAUAUUGUUACAGUUUCAGCAGAUGAAAUGGUCACUUUAGCAACAGAAGCACUCGCUGCCACAGCUGUAACACAACUGACAGUGGUUCCUGUAACAGCAGCCGUGACAGCAGAUGAAACAGAAGCAAUCAAAGCAGAAAUCACAAAGGCAGUCGAACAGGUUCAAGAAGCAGAUCCUAACACACAGAUUCUUUAUGCAUGUGACUCAUGCGGGGAGAAGUUCCUAGACGCAAACAGUUUGGCCCAACAUGUGCGAAUUCAUACUGCACAAGCCUUGGUGAUGUUUCAGGCUGACAGUGACUUUUAUCAGCAAUACAGUGGUGCUACCUGGCAAACGGAACAAGUCAUCCAGCCAGGAGAGCUGCUUUUUCGGACACGAGAGGGGACAGAGGUACAGCCUGCUGUCACAGAAGCAGCUCAGGUCAUAGAGUGUCAAAGUCCUUCAGAGUAAAGACAAUGAAUGCAAGGACAAAACUGUUGUGAAACAGGCUGCUUACAUACAAGCUACAAAGAACACUUUGGCUACUGCAAGGAUUCGGGGCAAACAUUUUGUUUCUCUUUGCAGCUGUUUGCAAUGCUUUCCACAGAAUGUUGUAAAAUAUUACCUCUGUAAUGGUAAAACCAUUAAUUCCAGAACUGUGUCAUGCAUAUAUUAAAUAAUUUAUUUUUAUUAUA